AAUAUUAACUCUCUCUAUAUAUAUAAAUGAUACAACCACACAUACAAAUAUAGUAGUUAAUUAAUUAAUCGAUCGAUCAUAGAUCAGAAGGGGUACGUAAUUAAUGGAGAUGAAGAUAAGAGGACCAUUGAUCAUAAUUAAUGUCAUUUUGUUCAAUUAUUGUUUGGGUGUGUUUUUGUUUGCUUCACUUGGCACAGCUGAAAAAGUUAUCACCCCUCAAAACAAGAAAAAUUGCACGUAUACAGUUACGGUAGAAACAACAUGUACAAAAGGAGCUGAGACGAGAAGCCCCAUCAGCAUAAGAUUCGGCGACAAAAAUGGAAAUGAGGUUUUGAUUAAGCAUCUGAACAACAAACAUGUAAGAAAGGUUGACCCUUUGUACCCUGAUGUUCUUGAUGAUGUUCCUCGUACACCAUUUCAGGCUUGCAUGGUUGACCAGUUUAGAGUUCAGGGUCAAUGCCUUGACUACUCAUCAUCAUCAUCAUCACCUAUUUGUUAUUUGUAUCUUAAGUUGUCUGGCAAUGAUGAUUGGAGACCUGGGUUUGUACAAGUUAGGGCAUUAGGGUAUGUUAAUACUCAUGAUUCUCAUUUCUUUUACUUUCGAAGGUACUUACCUAGAAAGGUUUGGCAUGGUUUGGAUUUAUGUGAUAAUGAUGUCACUCCUUUUGGGAUUAAGCAUACAAGGAAAAUAUUUGUGUAGAAAAAUUAAUAUUCGAAUUAAUUAUAUGUAGAAAUAUUUGCAUUUGAAGUUAACCUCCAUACAUACAUAUAAAAUAAAGAGAUAUUAGCGGCUGAACUAUUCAUCAUUUUGUUACACAAACUUAUUUUUUAGAGCCAAACCCUCUAAAUUUAUUCUGUCUAAAUUUUUUUAUUAAAUGCGAAUAUAAAUAGCUAAUGUGUA